ACUAUAGUACAAUCGGAGUCACAAAUUGUUCGAAAUUCAAGAUGGCCAUGUGUCACGAUGGUCUCUUGAAGUGUUCUCGCUAAGUUUAUUUGUUUUGUGUGAAAAUAGUGUUUUACCACGAUGGCUGACUUAAGUGUUGAUAUAUCAAAGUUGCCGGACGAGAUAAGAGACAAAUUAGCUGAAUUGGACUUAGAGUUAUCCGAAGGUGACAUCACACAGAAGGGCUAUGAGAAGAAACGGACGCGGCUGCUCGCGCCAUACCAGCAGCAGCCUCAAGCAGGCAGCCAGCCGCCGCGCGGGCCGCGGGGCGACGGCGGCAGCGGCCGCCUGCACACGAGGAACCGACGGACGCACCGGCGCGUCACGCACAAUGAGAAGCGAUACCACUCAGAGGUCCGGCAGGAGGCGGUGCAGCAGGCGCUAGCAGAGAUGCAGAACAGACCCAAGCCCUCGCUGCCCAUGCCGUCCAAGCGGACCUCCAUGAUGGCUAAGAGCCCGGACAGAGAGCGGCACGACCUCUCAUCAAGUUCAGACGAAGACUCGUGCGCCGGCGACACAGACCUCCCCCCGCCCCCCGAGCUGGGGUCACCUCCCGCGCGGCGGCCCGCCGCCCCGCACCCCCGCUCACACCCGCACCCGCUGCCGCAGCCCCCACACCACCGCGAGAGGGAGCGGGAACGGGAGAGGGAGAAGAAACAUGUGAGGGAGAGGACGGAGAUCGAUCUUUCGGAGAUGACACAUUUGCCUGCUUACAUCCAACCAGACGUGACACACACAUCGGCGGGCGCGCGGCGCGGCGGCGCGCUGGUCGCCGACCGUGUCGGGUGCUACCAGUCGGAUGACACGGGCACAGGCACCGGAAGGUGGAAGGUGUCAGCCAAGAUCCAACAACUGCUCAACACACUAAAGCGGCCCAAACGCCGACCUUUACCCGAGUUCUACGAGGAUGAUGACAUCGAGCUCGAGAUCGCGGCCAACCCCAAGGACCCCAACGCGCCCAAGCCCGAGGGCGGCACCAUGACCCCGGCGGUGGGCGAGCAGCUGCUGGUCCCCGCUGGGCUGCCCAGGAACCUGGAGGCGGCGCUGCAGAGAUACGGCACGGCCUCGUUUAAAGCUAAUGUGGCUACGGUGCUGGACCCUAAUGGGAAAUUGAGUAACUCGCUUACUUAUGGCAAACUACUAAGCCGCUCGCUCAAAAUCGCGUUCGCGCUGCUCAACAAAUCCUUCACGUCGAAGGCGAGCAGCGGCGGCCCGCUAACCGGCGACACAUCCAUCAAGCCUGGGGACCGCGUCGCCCUGGUGUACCCCAACAACGACCCCAUCAACUUCAUGUGCGCGUUCUACGGGUGUCUUCAGGCCGGUGUGGUGCCCGUGCCGAUAGAGGUGCCGCUGACGAGGCGGGAUGCGGGGCUACAGCAAGUUGGGUUCCUGCUCGGCUCGUGCGGGAUACAGUACGCGCUCACGUCCGACGCGUGCCUCAAAGGCCUACCAAAGACGUCUUCGGGUGAUGUGGUCUCGUUCCGCGGCUGGCCGACCCUCCAAUGGGUGUCCACGGAGAAGCUUCCCCGCCCCCCGCGCGACUGGAUCCCGCCCCCGCGCCCCGCGGACGACAGCCCCGCACACAUCGAACACACGUCGGCGGUCGACGGGUCGGCCAUGGGCGUCAUUGUUACACGCCAAUCAAUGCUGGCGCACUGCCGCAUGCUCGCAGUAGCGUGCAACUACACCGAGGGCGAGCACAUGGUGUGCGUGCUGGACUUCAAGCGGGAGACGGGCCUGUGGCACGCCGUGCUCGCGAGCGUGCUCAACGGGAUGCACGUGAUAUUCAUCCCGUAUGCGCUGAUGAAGGUCAGCCCAGCUUCGUGGAUGCACAUGAUCACUAAAUACAGAGCGUCAGUGGCAAUAGUAAAGUCCCGCGACCUCCACUGGGGGCUCCUCGCCACCCGCGACCACAAGGAGAUCUCGCUCAGCUCGCUGCGCAUGCUGCUGGUCGCUGACGGCGCCAACCCCUGGUCGCUGUCGUCCUGCGACCAGUUCCUCUCCGUGUUCCAGAGCAAGGGUGUUCGCGGCGACGCCAUAUGCCCUUGCGCGUGCAGCAGCGAGUCGCUGGUGGUGUGCGUGCGGCGCGCGGGCCGCGGGGGCUCGACCGCGGGCCGCGGCGUGCUGUCCAUGUCCGGGCUCUCGUACGGCGUGGUCCGCGUCGACGCCGAGAACUCGCUCACGUCGCUCACGCUGCAGGACUGCGGGCAGGUCAUGCCGUCGUGCGUAAUCGUAGUAGUCAAAAUGGAGGGCCCUGCUUACCUUUGCAAAACGGACGAAGUCGGCGAAAUCUGCGUUCUAUCCGGGGCCACGGGUUCCGGGUACUGGGGUCUCCCGGGGCUCACGAACACCGUGUUCCGAGUGAGGCCGCUCGACGCAGACGGGGAGACCAUAGGAGAGGAGAGCUAUGUCAGGAGCGGGCUGCUGGGAUUCUUGGGGCCUGGUGGUCUUGUGUUCGUCUGCGGCUCGCGCGACGGCCUGAUGACGGUGACGGGCCGCAAGCACAACAUGGACGAUAUAAUCGCAACCGUGCUAGCCGUCGAACCGAUGAAGUUCAUAUACCGAGGCCGCAUUGCCGUGUUCUCUGUGCGGGUGUUGAGGGACGAGAGGAUCUGCAUCGUGGCCGAGCAGAGGCCGGAUUGUGGCGAAGAAGAGUCAUUCCAAUGGAUGUCCCGCGUGCUCCAAGCCGUGGACUCGAUCCACCAGGUGGGCAUAUAUUGCCUGGCUCUGGUGCAGCCCAACUACUUGCCGAAGACCCCGCUCGGCGGGAUCCACCUCAGCGAGUGCAAGCGGCGCUUCUUGGAAGGGACGCUACACCCGGCGAAUGUGCUGAUGUGUCCGCAUACGUGCGUCACUAACCUGCCGAAGCCGAGGGAAAUACACUCGGACGUUGGGCCGGCAUCGGUGAUCGUGGGCAACCUGGUCCAGGGCAACCGCCUGGCGUCCGCGCAGGGCCGAGAUAUGGGAUACACAGAUGACUCGGACGCUGCUAGAAAGUAUCAAUUUAUAUCACAAAUCCUGCGGUGGCGCGCGCAGAGCACCUCCGACCACGUGAUCUUCACGCUCCUCAACUCGAAGGGCGCUGUGUCCAAGGUCCUGACCUGCGCCGAACUACACAAGAAGGCCGAGCGGAUCGGCAACCUCCUCCUAGAGAAAGGAAGGGUCAACACUGGAGACCAUGUAGCGCUAAUUUUCCCUCCCGGGAUUGAUCUCAUUUGCGCGUUCUACGGGUGUCUCUACGUAGGGGCGGUCCCCGUCACCAUCCGGCCGCCGCACCCGCAGAACCUCCACACAACCCUCCCGACCGUCAGAAUGAUAGUCGACGUCAGCAAAGCGACUCUAGUCCUCUCAAACCAGUCUGUGAUAAAACUGCUGCGGUCCAAGGAGGCCAGCAACGUCCUCGACAGCAAAGCUUGGCCCGUCACGCUCGACACCGACGAUAUGCCCAAAAAGAAACUACCGAUUUUAUACCGCGCGCCCACAGCGGAAAUGCUAGCGUACCUCGACUUCAGCGUAUCCACUACAGGAAUGCUCGCCGGCAUCAAAAUGUCGCACGCCGCAGUCACGUCUCUCUGUAGAUCCAUGAAAAUCGCCUGCGAGUUAUACCCCUCCAGGCAUAUAGCUCUAUGCCUGGACCCCUACUGCGGCCUCGGAUUCGCUCUCUGGUGCCUCAGCAGCAUCUAUUCCGGACAUCACUCGAUUUUGAUCCCGCCUUCCGAGGUGGAGAUCAACCCCGGACUCUGGCUGAGCGCCGUGUCUCAAUACAAAGUGAGGGACACGUUCUGCUCGUAUGGAGUGAUGGAGUUAUGCACUAAAGGGCUAGGAAGCUCCGUGAAUCAGCUCAAGUCGAAAGGGAUCAAUUUGGCUUGUGUGCGAACAUGCGUCGUGGUCGCCGAGGAGAGACCGAGGAUAAACUUGACGAAUUCGUUCUCGAAGCUGUUCUCGGCGUUAGGGCUCAGUCCUCGCGCCGUCUCGACGUCUUUCGGCUGCCGAGUGAACAUAGCGAUCUGCCUGCAGGGCGCCUCGAGCCCCGAGCCCUCCACGGUGUACGUAGACCUGCGUGCGCUGCGCAACGACAGAGUAUCGUUAGUAGAACGCGGCAGCCCGCACUCGCUAUGUCUAAUGGAGUCCGGGAAACUCUUACCCGGCGUGAAAGUGAUCACAGCUAAUCCUGAAACGAAAGGACAAUGCGGAGACUCACAUUUGGGUGAAAUUUGGGUUCAGUCGCCGCACAGCGCGAGCGGAUACUUCACGAUAUACGGCGACGAGAGUGACUACGCGGACCACUUUUGCGCUCAGCUGGUGACCGGGAAUACGGGUGAAGUUUACGCGCGGACGGGGUACCUAGGGUUUUUGAGGAGGACGGAGAUCAGUACGACAGCGAGCGCGACGGACGACAGUUCGUUGAUGAUCAGGGACAGCGACACGGAGUCGCUGGCGUCGGCGUGCGGCAGCGUGAGCGGCGCGAGCGUGCAGGACGCGCACGACGCGCACGACGCGGUGUUCGUGGUGGGCGCGCUGGACGAGACCAUCAUGCUGCGCGGCAUGCGCUACCAUCCCAUCGACAUCGAGAACUCGGUCAUGCGGUGCCACAAGAAGAUUGCCGAAUGCGCCGUGUUCACCUGGACGAACCUGCUCGUGGUGGUGGUGGAGCUGGACGGGAGCGACAGCGAGGCCCUGAACCUGGUGCCGCUGGUCACCAACACGGUGCUCGAGGAGCACCACCUCAUCGUGGGCGUGGUCGUGGUGGUGGACCCGGGCGUGGUGCCGAUCAACUCGCGGGGCGAGAAACAACGCAUGCACCUCAGGGACGGCUUCCUUUCCGACCAAAUCGACGCCAUCUACAUCGCUUACAACAUGUAAAAUGGUCAGUCAAUUUAGCUAAUGUUACAUUUGAC